AUGAGAAAAUCACAAGAUAGAAAAUCACCAACACCCACUGAAGGCUCUAACACUUCCGAUGAGAGAAGACAUUCCCUUGGUAAAGAAGAAGAGCAAACAUUCGUUGAGUCCCCUGUUAGCAGCGAUAACGUUGUUGCUACGGAUAAUCACACCACAACAAAUAAUCCUCCAGAAACACAAGCGAAUGAGCAAACUUCCACUACAACAGCACCAAUCCACAACACGAGCGUCAUUCCGAGCAGUGUGGGAAAAACAAUUCCUCCAGUAUAUGAUGACGUGAAUGCUACUCGUUCGGAAUUACAACAUCUUGAUGGUUACAAAUCCAAUGGUGUUGACGACUCAUUGUUGAGAAAGUACAUUCUAAAUCCUUACAUUUAUGAAACAAGUAUCAAAUUAUUCCCAAAUUGGAUUGCUCCAAAUAUGAUUACAUUAACUGGAUUUUGCUUUGUUUGCAUUAGCUUUUUCUUUUCAUACAUUUAUGCUUGGGGAGGGUUUCAUAUGUACUAUUGUCAGCAUGUACAUUUUCUUGGUGAAGUUGGAGGAAUGAAAUCCAUCAUUCCAAAUACUACUUACCACCAAAUUGCUACUUCAUGUGUUUCGGAACAAGUUGAUUUCUUUUUAGAGAGAAAUUUAACAUCUCCGUUUAACGCCUCACUUACACAACUGGAAAAUUUCGACAAAAACUAUGUCACAAAUACUUUCUUGAUGGGCUACUUACCCCGUUGGGUAUUUUUUAUUAAUGCUCUUUGCAUUUUCCUUUACCAAACUUUUGAUAACUUGGAUGGAAAACAAGCUAGAAAUAUGAAACAAAGUUCCCCUCUCGGUGAAAUGUUUGACCAUGGUGUUGAUGCAUUAACUUGCACAUUGGGAGGAAUGGCCUUUUUAGCUACUGCAGCAGCCGGAAAUUAUGGAGUUUGGACAUUGUCAGACACUUUCAGCAUUGACGUGAAAUGGUUUUAUUUACUGCUACUCCUAUUUUCAGGGGAUUUACCCUUUAUUACAGCAACAUGGGAGGAGUCACAUAUUGGAUAUUUAUAUUUGGGCUAUGUUAAUGGUCCAAUCGAGGGCGUUUUAUCAAUUGUAUUUUCUCAAAUAAUUGGGUUAUGUGCUGGUGCUUGGAUUUUCCAAUGGCAACCUCUAGGUUUUGUUUGGGAGUACUGUCCACCAGUUCAUUUAAUUUGCAUUCUUGGAUCAUUUUCUCUUGCAAUAGUUUCUGCCAUCAUGAAUAUCAAAAAAGUGUGUUUCAAAGAGAGGUCUAUCAAACCAAUUAUUGAGCUGUUCCCAUUUAUUUGCUUUACUACCUUUAUCAUUCUCGCAUUCUUAAUUAAUACCCAAGCACUUAACACAAUUCCUCUUGUUGCACUGUUGGGCUUUUGCUUCCAAUUUGGAUAUCUCUCUAGUAACAUUACUUUAGCUCAUUUGUUGAAAAGAAAGCUUCCAAACGUCCUCAAUAUUAGAUAUGUUAUUAUUUUUGCUCUUCAAUUGUGCAGUGUGUUUGCAGGAGUGUGGGGACUGGCAUUUUACACGGUGGUUACUGCUUUAAUUUACUUCAAUUUUGUGUUGAGCGUUUGUCACACAGUUGCGGGUUAUUUACGAAUUAACGUUUUGACCAUUACUCCUCCAAAAACAAUUACCGAGAUACCAACAGUUACUCCGUCCUCUUCAACCAAUACUGGAACCUCAGCAAACCAUUGA